UCCUGCCUUUGCAUCAUCAGACUUUUUGGUAACACAUGUCAGAAACGUCAAGAAGCGAAGUGCUGAUAAUGACUUGGUUGUCAAUGGGAUAGAAAUCUAUAGCAUGAAAAUUGAUAGUAAAGUAACUUCCCGAUUUGCCCACAACGUCAUCACCAGUCAAGCUGUCAAUCGUGGAAACGUGCACAAAGAAGUCUUCUUUGAUGUUGAACUCCCUAAGACAGCCUUCAUUACCAACUUCAGCAUGACAAUUGAUGGUGUCACUUACCCUGGAAUUAUAAAGGAAAAAGAACUUGCAAAAAAGCAAUAUGAGAAGGCUGUUUCAAAGGGACAGACUGCUGGUCUUGUCAAAGCUUCAGGAAGAAAAACAGAAAAAUUCACUGUCUCAGUCAACGUUGAAGCAGCCAGUAAAGUCACUUUUGAACUCACAUAUGAGGAACUGCUGAAGCGACAGUUUGGAAAAUAUGAGAUGUUCAUCAAAGUAAAACCAAAGCAGCUUGUCAAAGAUUUUGAGAUUGAAGUAAAUAUCUUUGAGCCCCAGGGUAUCACUGAGCUGGAAGCAGAAGGAACAUUCAUCACCAAUGAUCUACAAAAUAUCAUUAAAAAAACUUUUUCAGAGAAAAAGGGGCAUAUCUCUUUCAAGCCAACUCUUGAUCAGCAGCGAACCUGUGAAAAUUGCUCGCAGUCGGUCUUGGACGGGGAUUUUACUGUAAGAUAUGAUGUGAAGAGAACAACUCCAGAUAAUUUGCAGAUUGUCAAUGGCUACUUUGUACACUUCUUUGCACCAACAAAUCUUCCAAAGUUGCCCAAGAAUGUUAUUUUUGUAAUAGAUAUUAGUGGCUCAAUGUCUGGAAGAGAAAUAGAACAGACAAGAGAGGCACUUCUAAAAAUCUUAGAUGACAUUAAAGAAGAUGACUUCUUCAAUUUCAUACUCUUUGGUAGUGCAGUACACACCUGGAAAGAAACAUUAAUCCAGGCCACUCCUGAGAAUCUGGAUGAAGCAAGGAAGUUUGUUCGGGGCAUUGACACUGAAGGCAUGACAAAUUUACAUGGUGGUAUAAUGAGGGGAAUUGAUAUGCUGAAUGCUGCUCAUGAAGGAAACCUUGUGCCCAAGAGAAGCGCUUCUAUAAUUAUCAUGUUAACAGAUGGCCAGCCAAAUGUAGGCAUAUCAAAUACUCAGGACAUUCAGGCGCAUGUAAAAAAAGCCAUUGAAGGAAGAUAUCCCUUGUACAAUCUCGGUUUUGGCUAUGGUGUUGACUACAGCUUCUUGGAGAAGAUGGCACUGGAGAACAAAGGAUUGGCCCGUCGGAUUUAUCCUGACUCUGAUGCAGCUUUACAGCUUCAGGGGUUUUAUGAUGAGGUGUCGAAUCCCAUGCUCACAGAUGUGGAGUUAAACUACCCAGAAAAUGAAAUAUCAGACCUAACUAAAAACAUUUUUAAGCAUUUCUAUGAUGGGUCUGAGAUUGUGGUGGCUGGGCGCUUUAUAGACAACAACCAAAACAGUUUGACUGUAGAUGUGAGAGCUGAAGGCGCUAAUGACGCCCUGUCAUAUACUACACAACAAGACACUGAGCAAACUGCUAAAGCUUUUCAAGAACAAGAAUACAUAUUUGGAGAUUACAUUGAAAGGCUCUGGGCUUAUCUCACCAUUGAACAACUCCUGGAAAAACGUAUUGCAGCUACGGGAGAAGAAAAGGAGAAUCUUACAGCCGAAGCCCUGGCUCUCUCACUAAAAUACAAGUUUGUAACGCCACUGACAUCCAUGGUGGUAACAAAGCCAGAAGACUCUAACAAUCAAGAUGGGAUUGCCGAUAAACCCGUUGAAGAUGCAUCAGCAGUUCCAUUGCCACAACGUUGAACGUUCAUGUGGAACUUUGAACCUGCAUCGCUAUACAAAUACCAGUGAUUUGCCUUUACAGUUGAUGGAGAUCCACACUUCAUUAUAUCAGUGCCACAAAAAGAAGACGCCAUUUGUUUCAAUAUCAAUGAAAACCCGGGUGCUGUGUUAAAUUUAAUAAAUGACCCAGUUACAGGCAUCACAGUCAAUGGAGAACUCAUUGGUGAUAAGAGAGCAAAUACUGAUGGAAAGGUCCAAAACACAUAUUUUGGAAAACUUGGCAUUGCAAAUAAGCACCUGGAUUUAAAACUGACAGUAACUCCUGAGAAGAUCACAAUUCAGAAUGGCAAUGAAAAAACGGGUUUCACCUGGCUUGACUCAGUCACCUUGCAACAGGAAGGUUUAACUUUGAUAAUUAACAGAAAAAAAAAUCUGGUGCUCUCAAUGGGCAGCGGUGCCUCAUUUGUUAUUGUUUUGCACGAAGUAUGGAAGAAACAUCCUCUCCACCAAGAUUUCCUAGGACUGUAUACGUUGGAAAGUGAUAAACUGUCUGAACAGACCCAUGGAUUAUUAGGACAGUUUUUCCACCCCAUUGACUUCACCAUACUUGAGGUUCAUCCUGGGUCUGAUCCCAAGAAACCAGAUGCCACAAUGAUCGUUAAAAACAAUGAACUGACAGUAACAAGGGGCUGGCAGAAGGAUUACAGAAGAGGUCCUAAGCAGGGCGUUGAUAUUCCUUGCUGGUUUGUUCAUAACAACGGCGCUGGGCUGAUAGAUGGUGUUCAUACGGACUAUAUUGUUCCCAGUCUGUUUUAA